AUGAAGUCCAUUGCCUUGACCUCUCUCUCCCUUCUCCCCGCUGCGCUGGCGCAGACAAUCUACCUAGCCGGAGACUCCACCAUGGCAUCCAGCACCCCUGGAUGGGGCGACUACAUCGCCGACAGCGUCUCGAUCCCAAUCUCCAACAAGGCGAUCGGCGGCCGCAGCGCGCGCUCCUACACGCGCGAAGGCCGGUUCCAGGCGAUCGCCGACGUCCUGCAAUCAGGCGACUACGUCGUGAUCGAGUUCGGGCACAACGACGGCGGGUCGCUGUCCACCGACAACGGACGAACCGACUGCCCCGGCAGCGGCGACGAGACCUGCGAGACGGUGUACAACGGCGUGGCGGAGACGGUGCUCACGUUCCCCGCGUACAUCGAGGACGCCGCGACCCUGUUCGUGAGCAAGGGCGCGAACGUCCUGAUUUCCAGCCAGACGCCGAAUAAUCCCUGGGAGGGCGGGUCGUUCGCGUACACGCCGAACCGGUUCGUUGGGUAUGCGGAGUUGGCGGCUGAGAGGGCGGGCGUUGAGUAUGUGGAUCAUGGGGCUUAUACGGCUGCUAUCUUUGAGGAGCUGGGUUAUGAUACGGUUACCUCGUUCUAUCCGAAUGACCAUACCCAUACUAAUGGUGCGGGAUCGAGUGUUGUUGCUGAUGCGUUCCUUAAGGCUGUUGUUUGCAGUGGGGUUGCGUUGAAUGAUGUUUUGACGACGACUGAUUUUGAUGGUGAAUGUUUGUAA